AUGGAGUCGGUGUUGGAUUCGGGUUCGGUGUUGGGUGUGGAUUUGGCGUUGGAUGGGGUUUCGGAGAUCUUACUGAGUUUAGACGGAAUUACAAGCAUGCCUUUGAAUGUAUUAGGUGUUGGUGCAGGUGGUGGCUGCGGUGUGGGUUUGGGUCUCGGGUGGGGUUUCGGGACUGCCUUUGGGAGUCACUACCGAUCAUCUAGACUGACAUUUCAAGGCAUCGAGUUAGAGAAGGCAGAGAAACGCGAGGAUAAAUUACAAAACAUGUCAAAAGACACUUAA